AGUUUAUGUCUAAACGCGAGGGUAAACCAGUCUUCUCAAUUACAAACAUCAAUCUCUCCCCUCUUUUUUUUUUUUAGCCUCCCUCCUCCUCCCCCUCCACCUUCAUCUUCUUCUUCUUCCUUUCGUUAAAAAGCCAUUGUAGAUCGAUCCACAAACCUCAGUGUCUCCGUCGACUACGGAGACUCGUCGACUUCUACCGGCCCCAAAGAUUGGAUCCAUCCAUUGCGUUGUUGUUCGAUGUCUCGCUCCCAGAACGAGGAGUUUCAGCAAUGGUGGAAUAAGCAGCGGAACAGAGACCACGACGGCGGCGACGACGAAGCAUUCCUCACCGUCGAAAUCCGAACUCCGGCCGUUGACCCGACGGACAAAGAUCGGAUCCGGACACGGACCCUCCGCCAGCUCUCCCGCCUCUACCUCCUCAGGCUCAAGCAGCUCGCCUCCUCCUCCGUCUGGAUAGCCUCCUCCUUCCUCCACCUCCUCCGCACCGCCAACCGCCGCAUCGCCAACGACAAUCCCCCCUCUUCGACCUCCUCCGCGAGGCUGUACCGUCUGAUCAAGGCCUUCUUGGUCCUCGUCGUCCUCCUCCUCUGCUUCGAGCUCGCCGCCUACUUCAAAGGGUGGCACUUCACGCCUCCCUCGGUUGCCUCCGCCGAGGCCGCCGUGGAGGUGGCUUACGCUUGGUGGCUCGAGAUCAGGGCGUCUUACUUGGCGCCGCCGCUUCAGAGCUUGACUAAUGUCUGCAUUGUCCUCUUCUUGAUUCAAUCUGUGGACCGUCUGGUGCUUGUGCUUGGAUGCUUCUGGAUCAAGCUCCGUAGGAUUAAGCCUGUUGCGGCUAUGGAGUACCCGGCUAAACCGGUUGGAGAAGGGAUUAGAUUGGAGGAUUAUCCUAUGGUGCUUGUGCAGAUCCCUAUGUGCAAUGAGAAAGAGGUUUACCAACAGUCCAUUGGAGCGGUGUGUAUGCUUGACUGGCCGAAAGAGAGAAUGCUGAUCCAGAUUCUUGAUGACUCAAGUGAGUUAGAUGUUCAGGUGCUUAUAAAGGCUGAAGUACAGAAAUGGCAGCAAAGGGGUGUUCGGAUAGUGUACAGACACCGUCUCAUUCGCACUGGUUACAAGGCUGGAAACCUCAAAGCUGCAAUGAACUGUGAAUACGUCAAAGAUUACGAGUUUGUCGCCAUAUUUGAUGCAGAUUUCCAGCCCCCUGCAGAGUUUUUGAAGAAAACUGUGCCUCAUUUCAAGGGGAGAGAAGACUUAGCCUUGGUCCAAACACGGUGGGCCUUUGUGAACAAAGACGAAAACUUGCUAACAAGGCUACAGAACAUAAACUUGUCUUUCCACUUCGAAGUCGAACAACAAGUUAACGGUGUCUUUAUCAACUUCUUUGGCUUCAAUGGAACUGCUGGUGUUUGGAGAAUCAAAGCCCUGGAGGAUUGUGGUGGUUGGUUGGAGCGAACAACUGUUGAAGACAUGGAUAUAGCUGUCCGUGCUCAUCUUUGUGGAUGGAAGUUCAUCUAUCUCAAUGACGUCAAGUGUCUCUGUGAGCUUCCGGAGUCCUAUGAGGCGUACAAGAAGCAGCAGUACCGUUGGCAUUCAGGUCCAAUGCAACUGUUCCGUUUGUGUUUCAUGGACAUUCUUCGCUCAAAGGUGAGUGUAGGCAAGAAAGCUAAUAUGAUAUUUCUCUUCUUCUUGCUAAGGAAGCUUAUCUUACCAUUCUACUCAUUCACUCUCUUCUGCGUCAUUCUCCCAUUGACAAUGUUCUUCCCAGAAGCUAACUUACCGUCGUGGGUCGUUUGCUACAUCCCCGGGAUCAUGUCCAUCUUAAACAUCAUCCCAGCCCCAAGAUCUUUCCCUUUCAUCGUCCCUUACCUCUUGUUUGAAAACACAAUGUCUGUCACCAAGUUUGGAGCCAUGAUCUCGGGUUUGUUCAAGUUUGGAAGCUCUUACGAGUGGGUGGUCACCAAGAAGCUGGGGAGAUCCUCUGAGGCUGAUCUGAUUGCCUACGCGGAGUCAGGCUCUUUGGUUGAGUCCACGAAUAUUCAAAGAUCGUCAUCUGAUUCGGGUUUAACCGAGCUAAGCAAGCUAGGAGCGGCUAAGAAAGCUGGGAAGACUAAAAGAAACCGUCUGUACAGAACAGAGAUUGCUUUGGCUUUCAUCCUCUUGGCUGCCUCGGUGAGAAGCUUGUUGUCUGCGCAAGGGAUACACUUCUACUUCCUCUUGUUCCAAGGACUCACUUUUGUGAUUGUUGGUCUGGAUUUGAUCGGAGAACAGGUCAGUUAGUUUUAUAUAAAAACACCCCUUUCCUCGUUUUGAAACUACAUUUGCAACCCAUACAAGUUGAAGAACAGAAAAGAAGAGAGAGAAGCUCAAGAGCAAAGUCAGGAGGAUGAAACCAACUCAGAUAUGGAUUCUUGCUGGUCCUUUCUACAUAAAAAAAAAGAAAAACAAUUCAUUUUUUAAAAGUUUUUUUUUUGUCUUAUGAUACUCUUUACCUGUGAUGGUUUAGAUUUCUUUCGUUUUGUUUUACGGAUAGUAUUAGGGGGAAGUGGCAGAAAGAAAGGCUUUGAUGAUGAUGACCUCUCUUUGUUGUGGUCUUAAGCCGAAAAGACUUGACUACCGAUUUAGAUAUUUGUUGUAAUGCCACACUCAAUUCUUUUGAGUAAUUUGUUGUUGUUUC